AUGUGGAGCCCACAAAAAGGCCCGACACGGCUGUGGGACCUUAGACUCGGUAGCUGUAUAUUUAUUUUACAAUUAAUGUUUAGUUUAGUCAUAGCUGGUAAUGAAUUGUGGCCAAUGGAUCGGCCCGACGGUAUGCCAAACAUAGUUUCUCUAGAGGUGAUGUGCGGUAAGGACCACAUGGAUGUCCAUCUGACGUUCUCCCAUCCAUUCGAGGGUAUUGUGAGCUCAAAAGGUCAACAUAGUGAUCCACGAUGCGUUUACGUGCCACCCUCGACGGGCAAGACAUUCUUCUCAUUCCGCAUCAGUUAUUCGCGUUGCGGCACAAAGCCUGACCUCAAUGGUCAGUUUUAUGAGAAUACGGUGGUCGUGCAGUAUGACAAGGAUCUGCUUGAGGUCUGGGACGAGGCGAAGCGUCUGCGCUGCGAAUGGUUUAACGAUUACGAGAAGACCGCCUCGAAGCCGCCGAUGGUAAUUGCCGAUUUGGAUGUAAUACAACUCGAUUUUCGCGGUGAUAAUGUCGAUUGCUGGAUGGAGAUUCAACAUGGCAAGGGUCCCUGGGCGCCACCGGUGAGUGGCAUCGUACCAUUGGGCUCAACGCUCACACUUGUGGUUGCCAUCAACGAUUAUCGUGGUGAAUUCGAUAUGCGUGUAAAGUCGUGUGUAGCCUCGGAUGGAUCUGGUCACGUCAUCAAUCUCUCUGAUGAAUUUGGCUGCGUGCUGCGUCCGAAGAUGAUUUCACGAUUCUUGAAGGCGCGAGCGCCGGACGAGCGGGCCACAGUCAUCACCUACGCCUUCUUCCACGCCUUCAAGUUCCCGGAUGCGCUGAGCGUUCACAUCAAGUGCAAGGUGGAGAUCUGCCGGCACGGCUGUCUCGACCACUGCCAGAAUACGGGCGGUGGUGGCGGCAUUAGCGAGCGCAAGGACGUCCACAUUGGCGAUACGUUGGGCAGCAGCAGCAACGAUCUGCUUCACGAUAUGUCGCUGCCACCACCGCCACCGCCAGCGCCAGGGGGACAUGAUUCGCAGCACGGUCUAGGUCUCGGCCUGCCACAUGGCGGCAUGGGUGGUGGUUCCCCGGAUCAUGAUAUCUUCUAUGAGGACAUCAUACACGACCACAAACAGACAAUGGGCGGCUAUGCUGGCGAUAUGUACGCCAACUCCCACGACAACAACGUGAAUUUGCAGCCACGACCGGUGCACGAGGAGCAGGAGGAGGCGGACCUGUCCGAUCUGUUCAGCGAUGACGAUCUGAGCGACAUGGAUGGGGAACGUUAUUUGGAUCUAAAGAAGAGCGGCAAGUUUCCACACGGUCCGCGCAAGCUGGAGGCUCAGAAGCGCAUGGGCGUGCCCAUGGCCGGUCCCCGCUCGCUGGAGCCCAAAUCUGAUGACGAUGUGCCGCGUCCCGUCUACCGCCCCGAGGCCCUCAAGCAGGAGAAGCCGCACAGCGCCGAGCACAUCGAUCUGGAUGUGCCAGCACAGGACGAUGGAAAUGCCAGCAAUGCCACUGAUGGUUCAAGCCAACAGCAACGACGUCGUCGUCGUCGCUCGCUGGUUGUUGCCGAUCGUCGCGUACGUAGCGCCGAUGUGGGCGUCAGCGGCCUCUACGAUGUCAUCUCCGAGGCAGAUCUGGCCUUCUCGCCCGACUCCAAACAGGAGGCAGUCACCGUUUUCCAGGGCAAGAUCACCGAGGAGGUUGUCUACGGCAUCUGUCUGCCCGUGCCCGGCUUCAGUAUAUUAUUCAUCGUUGUCAUCUCGGCGACAAUCGUAUCGGCCCUCAUUGCCGGCUCGCUCCUCUAUCGCUAUCAGCUGCAGAAGGAGGCGCUGCAGAAGCAGACACCCAUGCCGGUGCCUGGCACUCUAGCCUCCUGGAUGACGCUGCGUCUCUUCCGCAUGCGACAUAUGCAGGCGCACCAGCAACAACAACAACAACAACAUCAGCAGCAGCAGCAACAACAACAACAG